AUGAGGAAGACACGAAGCCAGAAGACACGGAACGAUGAUGACACGCCGGUAGGAAUGCGCAUAUUCGAAGAAGCACCCGCGUCCCCGUCCGAUUAUCUCGCGAUGGCACAAGCGCCCUCCGCCGCGCCCGCGCUCCAGGCCCCGCCCGCGCCCGCAUCUACGCCCGCGCCCGCGCCCCCGCCGCCGCGCCCCGCUAUGUCCGUGUCCACGACCGAUCGUUUGGGAGAGGUUAGCAUUUCCGCGCCGCGUACAGAGACACUCGCCGCGAUUAUAGAAGAUCUUCCGUCUACAGAGAUUAGUUCGAUAGUACGUACCGUUGCGCCUGUAACAGACGUACAUAGGCCCGCGCCCCGCGCCCCGUCGGUUCGCUCCGUUCGUUCAGCCCGGUCGACGGCUAGUGCGAUAGCUAAAUUAAAGCAAAUUGAAUAUAACGCCGCGGAGGAACUAGCUGCAAUUAGGAGGAAGCAAUUGCAGUUGGAAGAAGAUCUUAUUAGGAAGAAGUACGCUAGGGACGUCGCGCAACUGCAAGAAGAAACAGAUAGGGAAAGUGUCAACGAAGAUGAGUUAGUUGAAAAUAGGGUACGCGUUGAUAGGUGGUUAGAGAACGUAGAGACUGUGCGGGGGGAGUCGCCUUCCCGCCCCUCUCAGCCCGCGCCCCGCAUCGAGUUAGAGCAGACCCUACCGAACAGGGUAACCGGUUACGACCACAGUGAAGAUGCCCAGGGGAGGACGGAAGCGAAUAACGUUCAACCGCGCCGCAUAGAUUCGGUACAGAGGGAAGAUGGAGUCGCCGCAGGAAUGAACCAGGUGGAUCGUCGUGUACGGGUUACGUCGCCGUCGCGCGUCCAACGCCGCACUCUAUCGCCUACACAUAGAUCGCCACAUCGCCACGCGGAUCGUAGAUCACCGUCGCCGCAUAGGGAUGUAGGUGUACGUAGAUCGCCAUCGCCACAUCGCCGCACGGAUCGUAGAUUAUCGUCACCGUAUAGGGAUGUAGGUGCGCAUAGGACGCCAGCUCCACAGCAUAGGCUAGAGAGAGAUAGGGAUAGAGAUAGGUCGCUUACUCCGCGAGGAAAGGAUAGGGGUAUAGAGCGACUAGCGGAAGCUCUGGAGAAUAUGGUCAGAGUUAGGCCCGCUGCCGCGAAGCAGACGCAGGACUUGCCUAUUUUUAACGGUUCGGCCGCGGAAUGGUUAGCGUUCAAAGCCGCGAUGAAAGAAUCCACGCGUCUAUAUGGAUUCACAGAUACGGAAAAUAUGGCAAGGUUAAGAAAUUGCUUACGCGGUGAAGCUAGGGAAGUAGUAUCAGCACUGCUGUUUACCGCGAAGGAUCCAGCAGAUAUUAUGCGAACAUUAGAGCAGUGUUUCGGCCGCCCAGAAGUAAUUAUCGAUCGCGCGUUAGAAGAAUUGAAACGCCUUCCGCGCCCGGGUCAAACCGCACAGGAAUUAAAUGCGUUCGCAAUAAAGUUGCAAAAUAUCGUGUGCAUUUUGCAAAACGUCGACGGCAAGGGAUAUCUGCAAAAUCCAAUGCUUACUAGGGAGGUAAUGAGUAAGUUAAGCCCUCACUUACGGUCGCGUUGGUGUGAUUAUGCGGAGCACUACGGGAGUGCAGACGAGCCGGACAUCGUUACACUGUCCAGGUUCAUGAUGAGAGAGGCUGAUCGUGCGUUGAGUCAUGCCUAUACGUCCGUAGAGCCGACUAAGGAAUCGCCCGUAAGACGAGAGGCGCCGCCGUCGAAAAGGAUAGUGACACGCCGCGUAGAGAAUAGGGCUCGCGACGUAAAAACGUUCACCGCACAGGAGGACACCGGUAGUGCCUCUUGUAUGUGCUGCGGAGGUGAACACGCGAUCGCCAAGUGUAGGAAGUUAGCGCAAAUGGGUGUGGACGACCGGUGGAAUUGGGUAAAAGAAGACGGGGUAUGUUUUCUAUGUUUAAAUAGUAAACACCGACGGUUUAAAUGUAAAGCAAAGAAAUGCGGCAUCGACGGCUGCAACGCCCCCCACCACGCCCUCCUUCACACCCGCAAGACCCGCGCACCUGAGACAUCGGCCAAACCGGAUGAGACCGUACUCGUCGCGUCUAACGUCGGUAGGAAUGCAUCCGUAUUGUUGAAAGUGUGUCCCAUUACGUUACGUGGACCACACGGUAAGGAAAUAGACACGUACGCGUUGCUCGACGAAGGUUCGACUAUUUCGUUGAUCGAUGACGACUUAGCGCGUGAGUUAGGAGCGGAAGGACCGGUAAAGCCGCUGAAUAUUAGGGGAAUAAGCAAUAGUCAGCGCGAGGCCGAUAGCAGGCUAGUUAACAUAGGCAUACGUGGAAAAUCGCGCAGCGAGAUGUAUAGAAUAAAUGCGCGUACAGUAACGAAUUUACAGAUAGGUUCGCAGUCGGUAAAUAAAGAGUGUUUACGUCUAAAGCAUUUACGCGACCUACCGAGCUCGGUUUGCUAUGAGGACGCCAAACCGAGAUUAUUAUUAGGAGCCGACAAUUGGCAUUUAAUAAUCACCCGUAAUUUGAGGAUAGGGCGUCGAAGGCAGCCUAUAGCUGCACGUACGUUAUUAGGAUGGGUGAUACAGGGAACCGUGCCGCGAUUCACGUGUAGGGAGGACGGUGAAACCGUGUUACACGUCGUAAGCAGUAGCGGACGGAUAGAUAGGGACAUCCGAACGUUCGCGAGUCAAGACGAGGAGAUAACGGAACUCCUCAAACGGCAGUACGAGAUCGAUUCCAUCGGUAUUUCGCUAAGGAAUAGGCCGCGACGGGAAAAGGAGCGCGCUGUCGAGAUAUUCCAGCGCACCGUCAAGAAGGUCGGCGAUCAAUACCAGGUGGGACUGCCAUGGAAGGACGACGACGUGCGGAUGCCUCCUAGCUACGAGAUGGCUGCUAGAAGACUGCGGACGAUCGAGAGGAAAAUGGACAAAUCGCCGGAAUUUCGAGACGCCUAUACCGCACAAAUAGAUAACCUCCUGGCGAAAGGAUACGCAAGGGAAGCCGAGGGGACGGAGAGAGAGGACACUAGGAGCUGGUACCUGCCCCACUUCGCAGUACGAAACCCGAACAAGCCUGGGAAGACGAGAGUGGUUUUCGACGCGGCAGCGCGUGCGUCCGGUAAAUGUUUGAACGAUUAUUUGCUUGACGGCCCCGACUUGUUACGGAACCUACCGGGCAUACUGUUCAGAUUUAGGGAAAACGAAAUAGCCGUGUCAGCGGAUAUUAGGGAAAUGUUCUUACGCGUUAAGAUUGACCGUCGCGACCAACCCGCGCAAUUAUUUCUGUGGCGAGGUAACGAGCGAUCCAGCCCACCGCGGGAAUACGUUAUGACUUCAAUGAUUUUCGGUGCGAGGAGCUCGCCGUUUCUCGCACAUAGCGUUAGGGAUCAUAACGCGCGCGCACACGCUGAGACACAUCCGUUGGCACUUAACGCUAUCGUACGUAGUCACUACAUGGAUGACUACCUAGACAGUUAUGCUACGGUAGAGGAAGCGGUAAACACUGCGAGGCAGGUUACGGAAGUCCACCAGCAGGCCGGCUUCACAUUAGCGGGCUGGAAUUCGAACCACGCAGCCCUACUAGAAGACAAGCCGGAGGAAUUAUUAGCGAGCAAGCCUAAGGAGGUAGGCUUGAGACAAGACAGCCCAGGCAGAACCCUAGGGCUAUUAUGGAUGGCCAAUGAAGACGCCUUAACGUUUAACACAUCCAUGAACCGGGUACCGAACGAGGUGAAGACGCUGCAGAGGCCACCGACCAAGAGAGAGGCGUUGAGUGCAGUCAUGUCGGUCUUCGACCCGCUUGGACUGCUGAGCUACCUCACCAUCACCGCCAAGAUCCUGCUGCAAGACCUGUGGCGGAUGAAGAAGGUCGGAUGGGACGACGAACUACCCGAGGAGGCAGCUGAGGAAUUCCAGAGGUGGCUGCGAGUCGUCGAGGAAGUAUCACGACUGCGGCUGCCUAGGUGCUAUGCUCCUACGGGGGGAGUGGUAGAGCGUCAGCUCCACGUGUUCAGCGACGCAAGCGAACGUGCGUACGCAUCCGCGGCGUAUUGGCGAUUACGAUACCGCGACGGAACGGUUAAGAUACGAUUAGUGGCGGCCAAGGCGAAAGUCGCCCCGAUAAAGGCGCAAAGCAUACCACGGUUAGAAUUACAGGCGAAUAUGAUAGGCGCGCGACUCGCGGAAUUCGUGCAAGGCGAGCACAGAGUGGUAGCCGAUAGGGUAGUUUAUUGGACAGACUCCACUACGGCGCUCCAUUGGAUUCAAAACGAUACGGCGCGUUACACCCCAUACGUAGCACAUAGAUUAGGGGAGAUAUCGGAGAAGACGUCACCCGAGCAAUGGAGGUGGAUACCGACCGCAGACAACAUCGCGGAUCAGGCAACGCGCAUUAAUUAUACGUACAAGGAAGAGAGCGACAAAUGGUUUACGGGACCGCCAUUCCUGUACGAAGAGGAAGAUCGAUGGCCUCGACGACGGGAAGAGAAGGCAGGGGAUGAAGAUGACGAGCUGGAGGAAGUCGUGGCGCACCAGAGCGACACCAGGGGCGCUCCACACCUGCCAGACAUCGAGAGGUUCUCUUCUUACGAGAGAUUGGUCAGGGCCACCGCUCAGAUAUUACAGUUCGUCGAUGCCAUGAGAGGAAAGGCGCACGGACUAACAUUGGACCACAUCCAUAAAGCAGAGCGGAUGUGGAUAGAGCGAAGUCAACAAGAGAGUUUUGCUGAAGACAUCAGUCGACUGCAGAAAGGAAGGAACUUGGCAACCGGCAGCGCGUUAAGGAAGCUCGACCCCAUAUUCGAAGAUGGCGUACUGCGAGCUAGAGGACGGAUUGACGCAGCCGAUGUGGACAGCCAAAUGAAGAGGCCCAUCAUCCUGAACGGACGCCACCAGUUUGUAAAGUUGCUUGUGGAGAAGGCGCAUAAGGAAGCAAGCCACGCCAACAGGGAACGGGUAGUGAACGACCUACGCACGAGAUAUCACAUACUUCGACUACGACCGACCGUACGAGAAGUGGAGCGGAGAUGUCUGCGGUGCAGGGUACGCAAGGCGACACCUCGGCCAGCGGUUAUCGGAGAUCUACCACCUGAACGGUUAGGGGCAUUCGCGCGACCAUUCACCUACACCGGAAUCGACUAUUUCGGGCCUAUAACGGUAACAAUAAGACGUAGGCAUGAAAAACGGUGGAUAGCGUUAUUCACUUGUUUGACGACGCGCGCGGUACAUCUAGAGAUAGUUUAUUCCCUAACGACGGACUCGGCGAUAUCGGCAUUGCGGCGCAUGGCGGCUAGGCGUGGGUGGCCACGGGUCAUCUACUCGGAUAACGGGACAAACUUUCAUGGGGCGGACACCGAAUUACGACGGGCAAUGGAAGAGUGGGCACCCCUGCUGAAGGACUACGCGUUGACUCGGCGGACGGAUUGGAAGUUCAUCGCGCCGGGUGCGCCGAACCAGGGAGGCGCAUGGGAGCGUCUCGUGCGCUCGGUGAAGACCGCGCUCGAAGCCACACUCAAUCAGAAGAGCCCACGGGAGGAGACAUUAGCGACGCUCCUCACAGAAGCCGAAAACACCGUUAACUCUCGACCGUUGACGCACGUACCGGUCGACAUCGACGAAGAAGAGGCAUUGACACCCAACCACUUCUUGCUGCUGGGACCAUCGAGCCUUCCAGUGACCGCGCCGUGCACGCCUAAUGAUCGUCGGGCGUGGAGAGCGGCGCAGGGACUUGCCGACGAGUACUGGAAGCGCUGGGUGAAGGAGUACCUGCCGACGCUGGUUGCGCGCGGAGACUCAAGGGACGUGCAGCAGCGCCCGGUGCAAGAAGGAGACCUCGUCGUGGUGGCAGACGGGACCAUGCCGCGGAACGUGUGGCCAAGAGGAGUUAUAACGAGGACCUUCCCCGGACCAGACGGCGUGGUACGGAACGUCGAAGUGAGGACCAGGGGCGGAUUGCUGCGGCGGCCGGUCAGGAGGAUCGCCGUCCUCCUGAGUGCAGCCUAG